AUGGAUGACUCCUACUUGAAGGCACCGCAAUAUAUAAUGGUCAAACUGCUUGUAAAAGUCCAGCGUUGGUGGAAAAAACGAGGUCAAGUAUUUUUAGCCUUUUUCGCAAUACUUGCUGCUUUGACAUUUAUCGUGAAACAGAUGAGAGAUUCCGGACGAGAAAAGGAAGUAGUUGGCGACAUCUUGUUGAAUGCAGUGCAGCGGUCAUUAUUGCGAGAACAAAACGAGGAAGAGAGAAAAGACUGGCAUGAUUACGAUCAAAUCAGGGCCGAAUCCGAAAGAACAGGUAAUGGAGAAAAUGGAACGCGAGUUUUUACAAUGGAUUCUCCGGAAAAAGAAGCCGUUUACGGGGUCAAUGGCUUCAACGCAUUGGCUUCUGACCAAAUUGCCUUAGACCGAAGUUUGCCCGACAUUAGACACGAAGGGUACAACUUAGAGCAGUACGGCAAGUUGCAGCCACGGAAUUUCAGGAAUUAUGAAUUAUGCGGCAUCUUAUUGGGGCUACGGAGGAGCGCAGUCUAG